AUUGUUACAUUCUACUGGAAUCUUUAAAAAGAAAAUAUUGUUUAUUAAUUAAUUAUUAAAAAAACGAAAAAAUGAAAGUGGUUAUAAUUGGAGGUGGAAUAAUUGGUUUAACCACAGCUUUACAAUUAAAACAUGAAUUACGUAAUGCUGAAAUUACUAUUUUUGCUUCCGAUUUUAAUAAUACCGUUAGUCAUGUGGCAGCUGGAAUAUUUAGAGUUGGUUCAUCAUAUUUUGGACCAACUGAAGAAAUAACAAGAUGUUGGAUACGAGAUUCAUAUGAAUAUUACGAUGAUAUUCGGAAGUCUCACGAAGCUUCCUUUGCUGGUAUAACCGCUAUAUCUGGUUAUUUAUUUGCAAAUUCUUCGCCAGAAACUGUUAAGAAUCAUUGGAUCGAAGAUUUAGUACCAUUAUAUAGAAAAGCUACAGACGAAGAAUUUGAAUUAGUGGAAGGUAAUUGGAAGUAUGGCUCAUUUUUUAGAACUCUUCUCACAGAGUGUAAACUGCAUCUGCCAUGGGCACGUAAUAAAUUAGAAAUAAGUGGAAUUAAAUUGAUAGAAAAAAAAUUGAAUUCUCUAACAGAACUUGUAUCCGAUUGGGAUUUAAUUAUAAAUUGUACAGGUCUCGGAGCACGAUCUUUAUGCAAUGAUAAACGUCUCGUUUCUAUACGUGGUCAAAUACUUAAAGUAAAUGCGCCAUGGUUGAAAACAUUUUUUUAUGGCGAAUUGGACACUUACAUUAUACCAGGUUUUAAUGGUAUAGUUACUCUAGGUGGUUCAAGGAGCUUUGAUUCUGAAAAUUUAAAACCUUGUCUGUAUGAAUCUACAGCAAUUCAUAAUAGAUGUAAAAACUUGCUACCAAAUAUUAAAAAAGCAGAAAUUGUAAAGGUAGAAGUUGGCUUAAGACCACAUAGAGAAAACAAUGUUAGAGUGGAAGGGGAACAAAUCGUAAAAGGAUUUUCCAAAGCUAUCCUAGUGCAUAAUUAUGGACAUGGAGGUUACGGAGUGUGCACUGCGCCUGGAACUGCUAAAUAUGCCAUUAAAUUGGCAAAAGAAAUGCAUAAAUCAUCUAUUUCAAAAUUAUAAAUAAUGAAUAUUGUUUUGAUGUAAUGAUGAUAAACUUUAGUCGUAUUUGUGAUUAUUCUAUAGUAAUUUCUUUCUCAUGAAUAAUUAAUUUAUUAAUGAAUAUAUAUAAAAUCAUUAAUACAGAUUAAUACUGCAUGGUAUUAUCAUCUUAUUUUUUUUUCUUUUAUGUGAAACACAAUAUAUUUGUAUCUUGAGAUUAUAAUUGCAAAACUAAUAAAUUUCCAGCAAAAAUUAAUAAUUCUUCUAUUAUUAAGAAAUACAUGGUGUUUCGUGUCAGUAUCAGUA